CAAGACUCUCAAAAACCAUCACCGGAGAAAAUCUGACGGCGGCUUAGCACCGGAGGCUACUGCGAAAAAAGAUUGUUUUCUUCUUAGGCUCAACACUCAGCCUUUGAAGAAUAUAAACGAUCUUUUCUCUUGCAGUAGCUAAAACGCUAAGCUCUAUUGUCAUAUCUUGAUCGUAAACAUACGAUAUAUAUAUACUAUUAAAAUAAGAAAAUGGCAGCUCGUUCACUCUCCGGCGCCGUCAAAUCUCUUUGCUCCGCUGCAUCCGGCAGUCUUUCUGGUUCCAUUGUCUUAAGGAGGGGUUACGUUGCGACAUCUCAGAAUGUGACAGCAACAGGAUUGAGUAAGGGAGGUUCCACCAGAGUUAUGGUGGGGAAGAAGAUGGAACAAAGAGGAGCGUUGGAUCAAGAGGCAGAGUCUGCUUGGGGACCUGAUCCAGUCACGGGAUACUACAGACCUUCUAAUCGUGCGGAUGAGAUUGAUCCAGCCGAGCUUAGAGAGUUGCUUUUGAAAAACAAAUCCAAGUCUUCUUUCUAAGUGGAUUCUGAUUGGUCAGUUCUACAGGAAGGUUGCCGUAGGCGAUUAUGUUGAUUCCGUGUAUUACUAUUACUGUGUCUUUUUGGUCUUAUAUGAGUCAUAUCUGUGUACUGGAAGUGGAGGUUAAUUAAGUAAAAAAUAAAAAUGAUAUUAAAUAGUUCAAAGUUGAAAA